AUGUCUAACAAAAUGCAAUACAUGAGAGUUGGAAGCUCCGGUCUAAAAGUCUCCAAGACCAUAGUUGGCUGUAUGACCUAUGGUGACAAGAACUGGCAACCCUGGGUCCUGACCCAAGAAGAGGCAUUCCCUAUUCUCAAGCAUGCAUAUGAUUCUGGUAUCAACACAUUCGAUGUCGCCGAUGUGUAUUCCAAUGAACGCUCAGAGGAAAUUCUCGGUGCCUUCUUAAAAGAGUAUAAAAUCCCUCGCAACAAAGUUGUCAUCAUGACCAAGGUGUUCCAUUUUGUCGACCCUGCGAGAGGAGCUGCUGACGCCGCUGGCUAA